AUGUUCCCCAAAAGAAAACCUCAUUCUCGAUUCCCACUCAUUCCCAUUUCCCUCCUUAUUGCGUUCUUUUCCCUUUUCAUUCUUUAUUACUAUUACAUGAAACGCGAUUCUCAUUUCAAUGAAUUAUCCAAAACUUCAACAACACUUCAAUGCUCCUCCCAAGCCUUGGCAUUAACCGAGAAAUUCAUGUGGUAUGCACCUCACAGUGGAUUCAGCAACCAGCUUUUGGAAUUUAAACAUGCUGUUUUGAUUGCAGGGAUACUUAAUCGAACUUUGGUUGUUCCUCCUGUUUUGGAUCAUCAUGCUGUUGCGCUAGGUAGUUGUCCUAAGUUUCGGGUUGUUGAACCCAAGGAUAUUCGGAUUUCUGUUUGGGAUCAUGUCCUUGAGCUCAUUCGGGGUGGAAGGUAUAUCUCCAUUGCUGAGGUUAUAGAUAUCUCAUCUUUAGUUUCUUCUAGUCUUGUUCGAGUUAUUGAUCUUAGGGAUUUUGUAUCGAUAUGGUGUGGCAUCAGCUUAGAUUUGGCUUGUUCUAAUGAUUCAAAGUCACGGUCCUCCGCUUCUAAAAGCCUUGAGCAAUGUGGAUCCCUACUAGCAGGGUUUCAUGGGAAUAUUGAAAAGUGUAUUUAUGCUGUCAAUGAAGAUUGCAGAACUACAGUAUGGACUUACCAUAUAGAUGGUCGUGAGAAUGGUGUGUUAGAUUCAUUCCAACCUGAUGAACAGCUAAAGCAGAAAAAGAAAAUAUCAUACGUUAGGAGACGGAGGGAUGUAUUUAGGAUGCUUGGACCUGGUUCUGAAGCUGAAUCAGCUUCAAUGCUAGCAUUUGGAAGCCUUUUCUCUGCUACAUACAAAGGUUCUGAGUCAUAUAUUGAUAUUCACGAAUCACAUCAGGACCAGAGGUUUUUAUCUUUGAUGGAGAAGAUUAAGUUUCUUCCAUUUGUCCCAGAAGUUAUGAAUGCCGGAAAGAAGUUUGCUAAAGCAACCAUAAAAGCUCAAUUUUUUUGCGCACAGCUUAGAUUGCUGGAUGGGCAGUUUAAGAAUCAUCAUAAGGCUACAUUUGAUGGGUUAAGACAAAAAUUAGAGUCUUUGAGGCAGAAAGGCCCUCUGCCUAUUCAUAUUUUUGUAAUGACUGAUCUUCCUAGAGAUAAUUGGACCGGUGGUUAUACAAGCAGCCAAGAAACUAACUGCAGCGGGUUACGGAGAGAGGCUGUAUGCAGUUGUGCGUCUCUUGGUUUUAUUGGAACUCCUGGGUCAACCAUUGCUGAAAAUAUAGAACUGAUGAGCAAAUUUGGCUCUUGUUCUACGUGA